GCCGCAUCAGCAGCAUCGAGAUGGCCAUGCACUGGAGCGACGACGACGAAGGUUACGAGAACGAGCAGCCGUUCAUGUGGCUCGAGGGCGACUCGCUCGCGCCGCCGUGCCAGUCGGACUAUGACAUUGUCCAGGCCAUCAUCGACUUUGCCAAUGUCCAGCCCACCGACGUUGUCUUUGACUUGGGCUGCGGCGACGGCCGCAUCUGCAUUGGUGCGGCCCGGCAGCACGGCUGCCGCGCUGUCGGUAUUGAAAUCGAGGCGCCGCUCAUCGCCAAGUUUGAGCAGUCGAUCGCCAAGUACAAGCUGCAGGACAAGGUGCGCAUGCUGCACGCGGACCUCAUGGACGCCGACCUCUCCGAGGCGACCGUCAUCGUGACGUACUUGUUGCCGGAAGCGCUCACGUUGCUGGCGCCCAAGCUCGAAGCCGCCUUAACCCGCGGGUGUCGUAUCGUGAGCAACACGUGGGGCAUUCCGGGCAUGACGCCGGCCGCGCGCGUCGACGUCGGUCAGUACGCCAACGUGCCGUUGUACCUCUACACUUUGCAGUCGUAAUAGACGUACUCGAGUAUGUCGACGCUGAUACUACGCA